AUGGGCGGGUCCGGGAGCGGUUCCAAUCAACAUUAUUCCAAUGGCGACACCAAACACGAGUUCAAUAAUCAACAUAGCCAAGGAAUUGUCCGGUUGACAAAUGGUUAUAAUUUGAAACCUCUAGCGAAUGUGGCUGUACCCGAUAUGUGCUUAUUUUGCUUCCAAGUACUGGAUUGUGAAUUAAAUAACCUUGAGGGACCAGGCACACCUCCAUUUACUAACGACGCUUAUCCUCUCUUUGUAACCUGGAAGACGGGUCGCGACAAGCGACUACGUGGUUGUAUAGGAACAUUUAGCGCAAUGCAUCUUCACUCAGGAUUGCGUGAAUAUGCCUUGACCAGCGCAUUAAAAGAUUCAAGGUUUGCUCCGAUCUCACGGGAAGAACUACCUAAACUGACAGUUUCCGUAUCAAUUUUGCAAAAUUUCGAAGAAGCAAAUGGCCAUUUAGAUUGGUCAUUGGGUGUUCAUGGUAUACGCAUAGAGUUUGUUAACGAACGUGGGUGCAAACGAACCGCUACAUACCUGCCUCAAGUAGCAACUGAACAAGGCUGGGAUCAAAUACAAACUAUAGAUUCCCUCCUUAGAAAAGGGGGAUACCGGGCUGCGAUUACACCAGAAACGCGUAAAUCAAUUAAGUUAACCCGUUACCGCUCUCAGGAAAUACAAAUGAAUUAUAAGGAAUAUCGUGAAGUUAUAGAACGUCGGGGACAAUACUGUAAAGUGCAAUGCUAACACCAACCGAAAUAUCAUUGGA